GAGUUUUUGUAGCUAGACGAGGACGAGAGGGCAGUAUAGUUUGGUGCGGCUCUGUGGCACCCGUUUUGUUCCGAGGUUUUCCGCUGGCGUGCAUUUCCUUGAUCGCGGUUGUCGCCGAGAAAACUCGUAAACAAUCCCAGACCGUGUACGCACUCGAGUCGUUGAUUUUUCGCGAUCGUCUCCAUACGAAAUACCGUGCGGAUGUGUCGUUAGUGUUUACACGUGUUCUUUACGUUGGCGCAGUGUUUCGUGAAGAAAGAGAGGCCACAAGAUCCAUACGCGGAAUUGCAGCUGAGAGGGAGGGAAAGAGAAGCGAGACGACGAAGAAACGAAGGAAGAGAAGUUGAAGAUGAGCAAGACGUGCGCUCGCUGCGAGAAAACGGUCUACCCGAUCGAGGAACUCAAGUGCCUCGACAAGAUAUGGCACAAACAGUGCUUCAAGUGUCAGGGCUGUGGCAUGAUCCUGAACAUGCGGACGUACAAGGGUUUCAACAAACAGCCAUACUGCGAGGCACACAUACCAAAGGCGAAGGCCACCACGAUGGCGGAAACGCUGGAGCUGAAGCGUAUCGCGGAGAACACGAAGAUUCAGAGUAACGUGAAGUAUCACGCCGAAUUCGAGAAAGCGAAAGGCAAGUUCACCCAGGUGGCCGACGAUCCGGAAACGCUGAGAAUCAAGCAGAACAGUAAGAUCAUCUCGAACGUGGCUUAUCACGGCGAGCUGCAGAAGAAGGCCAUCAUGGAGCAGAAAAGGACGAUGACCGGAGAAAAUGGCGAACAGAUCGAGUACGUAGAGUACACGGACGGUCCGAUCGCGCCUACAUCGGGCGUGAACGCGAAUCCACCGGCCGCUAGAACAGCGAGCUCGCAGGUGCAAAGGACACCAGGUAGGAUCGCCGAUUACGAUCCCCCCCUUAACGAGGUGAGACCGAGCCCCUAUUCCGCCAGGCAAGCCGGGGCAACCACUGUGAUUUAUACGAGCGACAAGGGACCAGUGACGAAUCCACCGGCCAGGAAGAUUGGCUCGGUGGCCGAUAUAGACCCAGUGAACGAGUACUACGGGUCGUUGACGCCGGCAACGAAUAACAAUCACGUUCCACAGCACAUGCAGUCUCCAGCACCAGCCACCAAUGUCGGGAGAGUGUACAGAGCGAUGUACGACUACCAAGCGCAGGAUCUGGACGAGGUGAGCUUCUGCGACGGCGACCUGAUCGUCAAUUGCACGGCCAUCGACGAGGGCUGGAUGACGGGGCUGGUGCAGCGCACCGGACGACACGGCAUGCUACCCGCCAACUACGUGGAACCAGUGCAAAUUUAAACGAAUCACCUCGCGUCCGUUUUUCGCAUUUAAAAAAAAGAAAGUCGUCGCAGACCUAGAAUUAUAGUAAUUCCACUUGUUGGGGACCAAAUUCCGCUCCGUUCUAUUAAGAAAUGAUCAUCGACCAUCUCGGCACUCUCGUCGGAACUGCAGUGUCGAUCCACAUUUUUCGAUCGUCUUUCUUCCUUCCACGACGACACAAUCCUAUUUUUUU